CAACAUCAGAAACUUUAUUCGACUUGUCUUUUCUUAUCAUAUUUGCGGUUAUAUGUAUAAAAAAAUUCCGUUAGAUAAGAGAUUUAAUUCAUAUUUGUUUAGUUCUAACAAAACUUUUGCUGAAAACAGAUGUCAGAGAACUUAACAAACAUGCCGAAUGUUGAGUUGAAGUUCAGAGGUCUUAUUGCACCAGUAUUUACGCCAUACAAUAAUGACAAUUCGCAAACUAUAAAUUUAUCAAUUAUUACCCAAUAUGCGGAAUAUCUUGCGAAAAAAGGAAUCAAUGGAGUGCUUGUGGGUGGAACGUCUGGUGAAGGGACAUCUUUAUCUUUAACGGAAAGAAAACUAAUUUCUGAGGAAUGGGCAAAAGCAGUGAAAAAAACAAAGCAACAUUUAAUGAUUCAAAUUGGUGGUGCACCACUUCCUGAUGUUCUAGAACUUGCAAAACAUGCUGAAAGUUUAAAAGUCGAUUCUCUUCUUUGUCUACCGGAACUUUAUUUUAAACCAUCGAGUGUAGAGAAUUUAAUUAAUUACAUGGAAAUUGUUUCUAAUGCCGCUCCAAAAACACCUUUAUUAUACUAUCACAUUCCAAUGUUUACAAAUGUUAACAUACAUAUGGGAAAUUUCUUGGAAAUUAUUGGCGAAAAAGUGCCAACAUUUUGUGGCAUUAAAUUUACAAGUAGCAAUUUAGAUGAAGGUGCUCAGGCAUUAAAAGCAAAUAAUGGUCGUUUUGCAAUAUUUCUCGGCAAUGAUCAAUUAAUUUCGGCUGCUUGCUCCAUGGGAAUGGAUUCAUUUAUAGUUACUACAUUGAACAUAUUUCCAGAGUUUUCAUUAAAAAUUUUAGAAUCGUGGAAAAAUAAUGAUUUUAAAACUGCUCAAAAGACACAAGAAAAACUUUCAAAGGCCGUUCAUCUUAUUUCAAAACAUGGUAAUUGGGUAGAAACAAUGAAAUUUGCCAUGAAUUAUUUAUCUCCUCUAAAUAUGGGAAAUGCUCGAUCACCAUUAAAAAGACUUUCACAAGAAAGUGAAAUGUCAAUGAAAUUUGAUUUGUUAAACUUCGAAGAAUCUUUGUAAUCAAUAAAACUAAUUGUAUCAAUAACAAAAA